CUUUUGCCUAGAACCAUUUUCUCAAAUGUACCAAGCUCCAGUAGGGAAGUAGGCAAAAACAUUGUAUUAAUUUCUGUAGCAGAACGUUUCAUAUUAAUCUGUAUUCUUUUUUAAGUGAGGAGCCUCAACAUUUUAAAGACCAUGGAAAUCAAAAAAAUGAUUGGCAAAUCCCUUCAGCCAGCAAGACCAGCACGCCACUUGUCUGAGCAGAUUGAAGUUCCCAACCACUGGACCGCGGUCCGGUACCAAGCUGCGGCAGGUUGGCGGCUGGGUUGUAGCAUGAAACCCCUGUUUGCACCCUCGUCUGUCCACUUGGCUUCAACUAUUAAUUUCAACUUUGAAACUGAAUUUGCAUGUGACAGUCAAGUAUGCUUACGUAGUGACAGUAGUUGGUGGUGUGAGUCUCCUGGAAUGAUUGAAAGUAAUCAUGCAGAACAGCGUGAGGUUGAAUCUAAAAAAGAAAGAAUUCAAUACAGUAGGGACUUCCUCUUAAAGCUCGCAAGUGUUUCCCACUCACAGAAGAAGCCAGACUUUCUUCCUGAUCAUCCGGUUGUUCUUGAAAAACCAGGAUGUCAAAUGCACUUGGUUCCCUGGGCUGAAUGUGGACUACGUGGCUUCUCACUGGACAGAUCUGGAUCUACCUCUAGUAACGGGGCAAGCAGCAGCAGAGUGAACAGUGUUGGGGAGCCACAUGGGCUAAUGCAGCCAUUGCUCACUCCACUGAGAAGCAUCCCCAGCAGAGCUCUGUACCCCAUGGGCCUUAUGUUUGACACCCCUGCGCUACAAGAAUUGGGGUCCAUGAAGACAAGGUUGAAGCAGGGAAUGCAUGUUGAACAAUACUGUUGUUGCCAUGGUGAUAAUCUACCAGGAUGGAAUGCUGUAGACUAAAAUCUGACUUAGAAGGCAGAGUGGAUGCUUUAAACAUGAUGUUUUAAAUCCAGUUUCUGACUGAAUUUUAUAUUUUUGACUCUCAUUUUACUUUAUCUCAAGUUAACCCCACUUUUGCCAAGCAUGAUUGGAACAUCACUUUUUCUUCUGUUUUUUUUUUUUUUCCAGUAUGGCCAUAGAUAUUAGGCACAAUGAAGUCUGUUGCUACUAGAGUGAGAAAUGGCAUCAUUCACUAAACUCUGCAGUAAGAUUUUUGUCCCUUCAGUAAGUUUUGCUCAAACAAGCUCCUAUUAGGACACAGUACUGAAGGAACUCCUAUGUUACAGAGUCUGUUCCCUUCCUAUCAGAGGCAGCCCUGUUGCAAUAGUGUUCAAAUUUAACUUAUUAAGUCUGGGUACUUUUUGUUAAUUUGCUUGAGGAAAGAGUUUUGGACUUGUCCCAAAUGAGUUUCUAGAAAGAGAGAAUGGUUUCCAUUCCCAGCUUUGCCACAAAUUUUUGGCUUGACGUUAGACAAGAAGGCCAGAUUCAAAGCAUAACUUUAAUUAUCUGGCCUGCGGUGCCUCAGAAAAGCAAUUAUAAAAAAAAUUGUACAGACUAAGUAGGGAGCUGCCCAGAACUUGUUGACAGGAAAAGCCAAGCUGUAAUAAGAGGAAAAAGUACAACAGGGAUAUGGAAAAAAAAACGGGGAACUGUUAUUUACCAUGUUUCGUAAGAGCUAAGGGAUGCCCAAUGAAAUGAUCAGGAAGCAGGUUUGAAAACAAAGAAGAAACUAUCCUUUUUUUACACGGUGCAUAAUUAGCGCAUGGAACUCAUUUUUACAGGAAGCUGUGGAGGCUAGUAGUAUAACUGGAUCCCAGAAAGGGUUUGGACAAGUUUGUGGAGGAUAAAUCCAUCGGGGGGACUAUUAAACAUAACAAUUGGAUAUAAUCUCUGGCUGGUGACUGGGAGGAUAUGACGGGGGGUUGGAUCACCCUGUCUCUUUUGUAUACUUUCUCUAAUGCAUCCACUUUCAGAGACCAGAUGCUGGGCUAGAUGGAACGUUGAUAUGACCCAUUAUAGCAGUUUUAUGUUCUUAUAUAGGAAAUGGGGAUCAUCACAUUGCUGAUAAGUUUAAACCUGUAUUACUCUAUAUAAAAACUUAUUGCUUAAAAUAAAAAGGAGAAACAACAAAAAAUAAAGACAACAAAUUCUA